AUGGCCGAAGAUCUCACUUAUAGGGGCCACGUACCUUAUCUAAUAUGUUUCUGGAUUUGUCCCGCUGUCCCGUUUUCUGCUUAUCCCUUUGAAAUAGAAGGUGAAAAUGUUGCGGACGGCGCUGCACCAGUAUUUGAUAUUGCUGAAUUCAGUAUAACUGUACCAGAAAAUGCAACAUUCGGUGAUAUAGUAUGGAGUUGCCAUGCAACAGAUGCUGAUGACCCAUCAACUCCACAAGGACAAAUUGUAUACGAAUUCAACACAAAAGUUAAUCAGCCAAAAUGGUUUCUGGAUAAAAGAUCUUGUGAAUUGUAUGUUUACACAGGAUUGAAUUAUGAAGGACAACAAAGUUACCAGUUAAGAAUACUAGCUAAAGAUCUUCAUCCUACUGCACCACAAACUUCAACGGUUACAGUGAAUAUUCACGUUACUGAUAUCAAUGACAAUGUUCCUACAUGUGACGGGUACUUCAUAGUGUUAAAUGUAAAAGAAGACGAAGCUAUUGGUACAGAAAUAGCCAGACCAGUUUGUUCAGAUGAAGAUAGAGAUAAAUCAACAAAUGGGAAAGUUCUUUUUAAAGUUUCAGACUCCAAUGACCCCGAAGUGAAGGACACAUUUGAAAUACUACCCAGUGGAGCUAUACAACUCAAGAAGCAAUUGGAUUAUGAAACCUCGCCAUCAUAUGUAUUACAAAUAGAUGUUUAUGAUAAUGCUGGAGCAGCUUCUCAUACAACAGGUGUUACAUAUAAUAUAGAAAUAAAAGAUAUCGAUGAUAAUAAACCAACCUGGCCAACAAAUCAAGCUUAUAAAACUGUAUCUGAGUCAACCAAUUUAAAUGCAGCAGUUUUUACUCUGACUGCUGUUGAUGCUGAUAAACCAUUUACUGACGCCUCAUCAAUAAAAUAUGGUAUUCAAACACCAGCCGUUCCUGAUUGGUUUGACAUUGAUAGCCAAACAGGUGCUGUUUCAGUGAAAGGAAUUUUGAAUUAUAACAUUGCACCAUGGGUAACUCUGGAAGUAUUUGCAUAUUCCUCUAAUAAAGUUACUGAUCUAAGUAUAUUACUAGUUAAUAUAAGUUUAACAGACAACAACACCAUAGCACCAAUAUUUCAACAGAUUUCGUAUAUAGGGAAUGUAACUGAAAAUGUACCAACUGGAACUUCCAUUAUAACAGUCAGUGCCACAGAUCCAGAAGCUGGAGUGAAUGGUCAGGUUGAAUAUUUUCUUACAUCAACAGAAUUUCAAGUAGACGCUACAACUGGCGUUGUGACAACAGCUUCAAAUAUGGAUUUUGAAACUGAAAGCAUCUAUACAUUACAAAUUGAGGCCAGAGAUAAAGGAACACCAACACAAAAAGGAUAUGGUUUUCUUAUUGUUAACGUACUGGCAGAAAACGAAUUUGAUCCUGUAAUAAGUGGACCAUCAUCACCUAUUGAUAUACCCGAGGACACCGAACCAGGCUUUAUAAUAGUUAAUAUAACAGCUACAGAUGAAGAUGAUGGAUUCGAUGGUAUUGUAAUCUUUUCAAUUGCUGAGGAACUUGUCCCGUUUACAAUCGAGCCCACAACUGGUAUUCUUAGAGUUGGUAGUAAUCUGGAUAGAGAAUUACAACCUUCGUGGGAAAUCACUGUCAUAGCAACUGAUAUGUCAGAAACCAAUCCAAAAAGUGCAUCAACCACUGUUAUAGUUAAUCUUGAAGAUGUUAAUGACAAUACUCCAAUCUGUGAACCACUUCCAAACGUUGUCGUCCGACUUCCUCAUAAUUUAAACAGCGUUCUCACUACAAUUAGUUGUACUGAUGUUGAUGAUGGACCCAAUAAGGAAUUAGUUUACACCAAAAUGUCUGGCGAUUCACUUAAUGCUUUUAAUGUUGAUAGUGAUACGGGUAGUAUCACACUGGCAAGUUCUCCAACAGAAGUUGAAUACUUUAUUGAUAUAGAGAUAAAAGACAAAGGCAAUCCUUCAAGAAAUGUAAUGUUAGUCUUUUAUGUUAUUGCUGAACUUGAAUUUACGUUGCAAAAUCUCCCCACCGACAUCAUUGUUGAAGAGAAUACCGACUUAGCACAUGAAGUCUUUGAUGUCGAUGAUUGCUGUGUCUUCAGUUUAACAUCUUACGAGAUCCUCAGCGGAAAUGAAGAUAAUCAUGUGGUUAUAGAUCCAGCUUCUGGUAAAAUCAUUCUCAUGCGAAGUUUUGAUAGAGAGACUAAAGACAACUUUCAAUACGAGGUUCAAGCUCGGGCCAUCCAAACAAACACAACUGCUAAAGGUAUUAUCACUGUCAGUAUUAGUGAUUCUAAUGACAAUACCCCAAAAUUUGAUACAAGCUUCCAGUACGUGAGUGUUUUUGAGGACCUUUCCCGUUCGUCAAGUAUACUUCAAAUUACAGCAACAGAUGCGGACAUCGGAAUUAAUGAAGAUUUGAAUUAUACCAUCAUAGCUGGAAAUGAUGAUAGUGUGUUUGACAUAGAUCAAUCUGGUAAUGUACAAUUAUUAUCAACUCUAGAUGCUGAAACUGUGGACAAAUACUCUCUUACAAUUACAGCUACGGAUGGUGGUUCUCCAGCUAUGACAGGCUCUACAAAGUUAGACAUUGAAGUAAAGAAUAUCAACGACUUUGCUCCAAAGUUGGUAGACGUCAAUGGAACUGUUUUUAAAAAUGUAAAAGAAGAUGAAGCACUUGGUGCUCCAAUAUUUACAUUAACUGCUUCAGACGGAGAUCUUAAUACCGUAUUUACAUAUCGUAUAUCACAAGGAAAUGAUGACGAGGUGUUUUUGAUUGACAGCUCGUCGGGAGGGAUCUAUCUGUCUAAGUUGUUAGACAGAGAAAAAGUGGAUCAAUAUAAUCUCACCGUGGAUGCUGAAACCCAGAAUAAUGAGGUCGUUUCAGCACAAGUAUUGGUUAAUGUUUUAGAUAUCAACGAUAAUGACCCGAAAUUUUCUCAGGAUGUCUAUCAGCUGGAAGUUACACACGAGGAACCAGCAGGUACAUCUCUACGUUCAUUCGUUAUAACUGACAAAGAUAUCGGAUCGAAUAAGGAGAUAUCAAGUUUAACAAUAGUCGAUGGUGACACCGGAAACCAUUUUAAGAUAGUUGGAAACGAGAUACAAACUAACGUUCAGAUGAAUUACAAUACCAGAAACCUCUACACUCUGAUAGUACAAGCUCUAGAUGAUGGUUCUCCCAAACGCUGGGGAUUUGCCAGGGUUAUUAUCACAGUUCUUCCUAUUUUCAAGCCACCGCUGUUUUAUGCCGGUGAUUAUUCUGAGACACUGAGUGAAGAUGUUAACCCCGCUCGCGGUGUUAUUGAUUUGGACGCUACUGCCCAAGGAGGGGUCGAGGGUGAUUCUGGAACAAUAAAAUACAGUAUUAGAAGCGGAAACGACGAUAAACAAUUUUAUAUUACUGAUUAUACCGGAGAGGUGAAAGUUGCGUCACGUCUGGACUUUGAAAUCAUGGAGCAGUACAUCCUGACCAUAGAAGCUGUUAGUAGAGAAGAUCCAAAUUUAUCAGCAAGUACAAUAGUAACAAUCGAUAUUGAAAAUGUCAACGACAACUCUCCAGUCUUCAACCAGAGUGUUUAUCAUUUUACAAUCAAUGAGAAUGCUGGAAUAGGUGACACAGUAGGAACAGUGUUAGCUACAGAUUUAGAUAAACCUACUUAUAAUGAACUUUUCUAUAGUCUGGGUAGCAGUAGUGGAUCAAAUGAUUUCAGUAUAGAGACUGCUACUGGUAUAAUUAAAGUUGAUAAAAGUUUAUAUUAUAGAAGACAGAAUGUUUAUAAUAUACCAGUUACAGUAGAUAAUGGUGAUGGAGAGAGACAAGGGGAAGCUUUAGUUGUUAUUAAAAUUAAUGAUGUUAAUGAUAAUACACCAACAUUUACACCAGAUACUGUUAAUAUUGAGGUUGUGGAGUCGAUAGGUACUGGGUUAACGUUUUAUACUGUGAGAGCGGAGGAUUUAGAUACUGGUACUAACGGAGAAAUAAAGUAUACUCUCGUCUCUGGUAACUUUGAUAAUCAACUCACACUUGAUUCUGUUUCUGGAGCUUUAACUGUUGCCUCAAACCUCGACAGAGAAGCUCAUGACAGAUUUGAUUUGAUAAUUCGAGCUGAAGACAAAGGUACACCUUCAGCUCUUUCUGGUACAUUGUUACUUACUGUGAAUGUCGCAGAUGUAAACGAUCAAGGUCCAAGUUUUCCCGAAACCCUCGUAAACGCCCCCGUUUCCCGUACGGCCAAUCCGGGUACAGUAGUGAUAACUGUGGCAGCACUAGAUAAUGAUAUAGGUGAAAAUGGUGUAGUGACCUAUGAAAUAACCAGUGGCAACACGGAUGGCCUCUUCAUAAUUGGACUGAACAGUGGUGACAUUAAAGUAGCCUCUAGCCUAACUUUGGCUGAAAAUGAAUACUCACUGGAAAUAACCGGUAAGGAUAAGGGGAUUCCAGUCAGAACUGACACAAUGACCGUUAAAGUACAGAUUAAUCCAGCUAAAGUAUUCGGCCCCAGUGAACAGGAAAUACAGUUAUAUGAAGAAUUACCGGCAGGAAAUGUAGGAUUAGUAAUGCCAAAACUGGGACAUGCUACUGAUGCUAUUAUGCAAUUUGAAAUAGUCGGGGGAAAUUUUAAAACAAGUUUCGCUGUUGGAAACGAUGGAAGUCUGUCUUCUCUGAGAAAAUUGGAUAGAGAAGAAUACCCAACCUAUAUUCUUUCAAUACGAAUCAGCGAUAACAACAGUGUAUCAUACGUCAAAACUGUGACUCUUUCGUUAAUUGACAUGAAUGAUAAUACCCCUGUUAUUACGGCUAGUAAUACAAAUAUCAAUGUAGUGGAAAAUACACCUGCUGGCCAGAUACUGACAGAUUUUACUGUUAAUGACGAAGAUUCUGGUAGUAACAGUAUAGUCGACAUGACAGUUGGCUCAGAUCCAGUAGACGCUUCUGAAUAUUUCGAGAUAACCAAUAAUACAAGGACUUUCUUGCGAUUGAAAAAACCCUUAGACUUUGAAACUAAACAAUCUUUUACGGUGAAUGUAAUAGCAACAGAUCGAGGGUCUACCCCCUUAUCCAGUUCGAUAGCUAUUACAGUUAAUGUUAUUGACAUUGAUGAUUCUGUUACCAUCAUAAAUGGACCCCGAGAAUUACCUUCCAUUUAUAUUUCCCGUGAAACGUCAUAUAAUACUCCAAAUGAAGCCAAGGUCACCCAAAUAACAGCGGAAGAUUUUGAAAGGAUCUCCGGAAAAACCACAUUUACCUCCAUCAACAGAGAGGGUAUUUUUGCAAUUGAGUUAGACGGUACUGUAACAGUGCAGAAAACAGAGCUCCUUGAAGCGGAAACGGCUUAUUAUUUGUGGAUCAUAGCAAAAACAGAAACCUCUACCAAUAUCAGCAGUGUACUAGGAUUGUUAAGGAUAGAUACAUUUGACCCUAAUCUUCAUGUUGUAUCUAUAGAAUCAUCUCUUGAUGUAAUUACUCUCCAGUCUAAAAG